AUGGUGUCCCCGGUGCUGCAGCUGCUCCGCCAGGGCGUGUGGGCCGCGCUCACCGGGGGCUGGUACCACGACCCCGAGCACAGCAAGUUCACCAACAGCUGCCACCUCUACCUGUGGCUGUUCCUGCUGCUGCUGCCCCUGGCCCUGCACCUGGCUUUUCCUCCGAACGCCAUCACCGUGUUUCUUUACUGCAGCUCGGUGACUGCAUUCUUCACAAUAAUCAAGCUGGUCAGCUAUCGCCUCCACCUCAUGUUUGAUAAAGGAGAAGCCAUCCAGCAGCAGCCCCCGAGGAAGAAAGAAAAGCCAAGUGAAAACAGGGGGGCCCGCAGCGAGCACACCCCAAACCACAAGCCCGCAAGCAACGACAGGCCGACCAGCGACGGCAGGAAGGGGCAGGCCACUCAGAACUGCUCUACGCCCCCCCUGCGCUGCAGCUCCCGAGGGCCCAGCAUCAACUCCCACCACUCCUCCGGGCUGCUGGAGUUGCCAGCACAGGAAACAGUGGAGGAUCUCAAAGGUGUCAUUCUGGCAGAAGACCACCCGGUAGCACCAGUGUCAUCUCCCUCACCUGGUGUCAAAACAGAGAGCUCACCUGCUUCUAAAGCAUAUGUGCCAAAAACUGUGACCACACCGGCAAUCCCAAUGAAACCAGGAAAACAUGACAAAGGGAAGGGCGGAGGAGGCAAGGGGCAGCCUCUUCGCCACCGGUCCGAGGGCGGCCUGGUGGAGAGAGGCACCUUGAAGACCUUGCCGCACCUGUCCCUGUCUCAGUACGACUUGCUGAAAACAGGUGUUUCCUUCCAGCCCUGGGGAAGCGAGAAUUCAGUCCUGACCCCAGAGCCCGUGAAUUAUGCCCAGGGCUCCGUAAGGGAACAGUUGCAAAGCAGGUCACCUCAGGACAGCCUGAGCAGCAGCUGGCCCCAGUGUAACACCGUCAUCGUCCAACCCGGGCAGGAGCCGGCGGAUGCCUCCCAGCAGGUGGACGCCUCCCAGCAGGUGGACGCCUCCCCACAGGUGCACCCGCCCUUGACCCAGCAAGCGGACUACUCAGAGAGUGAGGUGGCCGUGACUCUUAUAGAUACUUCUCAGCCUGGAGACCCACUGAGUCUGCACGAACCCAUUAAAAUCGUCAUCACCAUGAGCAGUGCCCCGGGCUCCAUGACAGACUUGGAGAGCUCACUCCACCUGAAGGUGGUUGGCACCGAGAGAACAGGUUUACAGUCUGGUGCUGAGCCAGCCACCCCAGGGGGCACUAGCACCCCAAACGUGGAGCAGAGAAUUCCUGUCAUCACCCUCGAGCUGUCUGAGGACAGGGGAGGAGCCAUCAUGUGUCCCGAAGGCAGUGGGAAUCAGAGGACUCCAGAGAGACGGGUGGUGGAGGCCCCCUCCGCUCAGUGUGCUGGCUACGAGUCUGGGGAGGGGGCAAACGCCACAGAGCCCCUAGUUCCUUCCCGGGGAGACCACUGCGAGACAGCCCCCCCACACACACCCACGGUGGCCCCCGAGGGUGAGCCGGGAAAGGAGGGCCAGGCCAGCCUUGGCCCACUGUCUUGUAAGAGCGGCCACGAGAAGAGACACGCCCGGGUCCUCAGCAUGGACAGCGGGACUGACGUCUUCCUGAGCAAAAGUUCCGCAGAAAUUGCUAACGAUAAAGAGAAAGCAAUGCCGACUUCCAAAUCUGACCUCGAGGCGAAGGAGGGACAAACGCCCAACGAAUCCAACUUCCUGGAAUUUGUCUCCCUGUUGGAGUCCAUCAGCACCUCCAAGGCGGUGGCAGCCAGCGAGAGGAACGGGGCCGCCGAGCCCGGCGGAGACAGCGGGCUUCCCGGAGGUAUCUGCUCCCAGGAGAGGAAGAAUGAAAUCCUGGAAGGUGAGCAGCCCAGUGGACACAACUCCAAGCAAGGGAAGCCGGACGUCCCGAGUCAGGAGCACACGCGCACCAGCCCUGUGCGCACCGAGCCCGCCAAGAGCACGGCCCUCUUCCAGGGCAGUAGACAAAGACAAAUAAUCUACAGGGUGACUUCCCAACAAGACAGCUCUGUCUUGCAAGUCAUCAGUGGGCCUGAAACAUCCGUGCAAGAUGAGAUCUCGGUGGAUGCCAUGCACGUCUUCAUUGAUGAGCACGGGGAAAUUAGAUCCUGUUAUUUAAAAUCUGGAAAUCAGAAAGAAGGCCCUUCCCAGCACCAGCCAUCAAAUUACGACAGCUUCUCCCACGCUGGAGACGUGCAGGUCAGCUCCUCCACCACCACCUCUUCCGGGAGCCCAGAUCCUUCCUCCGGGGACCAGGCCGUCAGCGCGCUCCAGCAGCAGCUGCUACUCAUGGUAGCGCGGAGAAGCCAGCAGGAGACCCCGCGGCAUCUGAGUCAGGAGCUGGAGGACUCGUCCUGUUCUUCAGCACACGGGAAGUUUAACCGUGAUCAGUUUUACAAGUUCAUCAUUUUCCCCGGCAAGUGGAUCAAAGUCUGGUACGAUCGCCUCACCUUGCUGGCGUUGCUCGAUCGAACCGAAGAUGUCAAGGAAAACGUGCUGGCGGUGUCACUCAUAGUCCUGGUGUCGCUGCUGGGCUUCCUGACGCUGAGCCGGGGCUUCUGCAGAGACCUGUGGGUGCUCCUCUUCUGCCUCGUCAUGGCCAGCUGCCAGUACUCCCUGCUAAAGAGCGUCCAGCCCGACCCCGCCUCGCCCAUACACGGACACAACCAAAUCAUUACGUACAGCAGACCAGUCUAUUUUUGUGUGCUGUGUGGCCUCAUUUUACUUCUUGAUGCCGGAGCCAAAGCCAGGCACCCCCCCACUUAUGCUGUGUAUGGCCUGAAGCUCUUCUCUCCGGGGUCGCUUCAGUCAGCUAGGGACCUCCUAAUAGUAUUUCUGUAUUGCUUCCCUGCAAUUUCCCUCCUUGGGCUCUUUCCGCAGAUCAACACUUUCUGCAUCUAUCUCCUGGAACAGAUCGACAUGCUGUUUUUCGGAGGUUCUGCCGUUUCUGGGAUGACAUCGGCCGUUUGCAGCGUGGCCCGGAGUGCCACCACCGCCGCUGUGCUCCACGCACUCUGCUUCAGCGCCGUGAAGGAGCCGUGGAGCACGCAGCACAUCCCCGCGCUGUUUUCAGCCUUCUGCGGCCUCCUGGUUUCACUCUCCUACCACCUGAGCAGGCAGAGCAGCGACCCGUCCGUGCUCCUGUCCUUCAUUCAAUGCAGAUGGUUACCUAAGUUUUUACAUCAAAACCUGGAGGAGCUGGCCGCAGACCCUCUCCCCGAGAAGAUGAAAGAUUCCGUGAAGGACAUCCUAAAGUCGGACCUCCUCGUGUGCUCGGUGGCUGCCGUGCUGUCCUUCGCAGUGAGCGCCAGCACUGUGUUCCUGUCCCUGCGCCCCUUUCUCAGCGUGGUCCUGUUCGUCCUGGCCGGCGCCGUGGGGUUCGUGACCCACUACCUGCUGCCCCAGCUCCGCAAGCACCACCCGUGGAUGUGGAUCUCACACCCCGUCCUUAAAAGCAGGGAGUAUCAGCAGCGGGAAGUGACAGAUGUGGCCCAUUUAAUGUGGUUCGAAAGACUCUACGUUUGGCUUCAGUGUUUUGAAAAAUAUAUCUUGUAUCCGGCAAUCAUCCUGAAUGCCGUCACUAUUGAUGCAUUUUCAAUAAGCAAUUAUCGGAGACUUGGGACCCACUGGGACAUCUUCCUGAUGAUCGUGGCGGGCAUGAAGCUGCUGCGGACCUCCUUCUGCAACCCGGCACCCCAGUUCGUCCACCUGGGCUUCACCGUCCUCUUCUUCCGCUUCGACUACCGCGGCCUCUCGGAGAGCUUCCUCCUGGACUUCUUCCUCAUGUCCAUCGUGUGCGGCAAGCUUGGGGACCUGCUGCAGAAGUUACAGUUCGUCAUGACAUACGUGGCUCCUUGGCAGAUGGCGUGGGGCUCCUCGUUUCAUGUGUUUGCUCAGCUCUUCGCCAUCCCCCAUUCUGCCAUACUUUUCUUCCAGACGGUUGCCACGGCGAUCUUUUCUACACCACUGAGCCCAUUUCUCGGCAGCGUCAUUUUCAUCACGUCCUAUGUCAGGCCAGUGAAGUUCUGGGAAAAAAGCUACAAUACGAGGCGCGUGGAUAAUUCCAACACAAGGCUGGUGGUCCAGAUUGAAAGGGAUCCAGCCAACGAUGACAACAAUCUCAACUCCAUCUUUUACGAGCACUUGACAAGGUCCCUCCAGGAGUCCCUCUGCGGAGACUUGGUUCUCGGCCGGUGGGGGAACUACAGCUCCGGCGACUGCUUUAUUUUGGCCUCAGAUUACCUCAAUGCUUUUGUUCACCUGAUUGAAAUUGGAAAUGGGCUUGUCACCUUUCAACUGCGAGGACUGGAGUUCCGAGGGACCUACUGCCAGCAGAGGGAGGUGGAGGCCAUCAUGGAAGGCGACGAGGGGAACAGGGGCUGCUGCUGCUGCAAGCCCGGCCACCCGCCCCACCUGCUGUCCUGCAACGCGGCCUUCAGCCUGCGCUGGCUCGCCUGGGAGGUCACGCGCACGCAGUACAUCCUGGAGGGCUACAGCAUCGUGGACAACAGCGCGGCCGCCAUGCUGCAGGUGUUUGACCUCCGCAGGAUCCUGAUCCGCUGCUACGUCAAGAGCAUAAUCUACUACAUGGUAACGUCCCCGAAACUCCUCUCCUGGAUCAAAAAUGAGUCGCUCCUGACGUCCCUGCAGCCUUUCGCCAAGUGGCACUAUAUCGAGCGCGACCUCGCCCUGUUCAACAUCAACACCGACGACGACUACGUGCCGUGUCUCCAGGGCAUCACGCGCGCCAGCUACUGCAACGUGUACCUCGAGUGGAUCCAGUACUGUGCGCGGAAAAGGCAGGAGCCUCUGAAGACCCAGGACAGUGACGAGGACUCUCCGCUAGUGACCCUGUCCUUCGCCCUCUGCAUCCUCGGGAGGAGAGCUCUGGGGACGGCCGCGCACAACAUGGCUCUCAGCCUGGACUCGUUCCUGUACGGCCUCCACACCCUCUUCAAAGGCGACUUCAGAAUCACCGCGCGGGACGAGUGGGUGUUCGCGGACAUGGACCUGCUGCAUAAGGUGGUGGCUCCGGCCAUCAGGAUGUCCCUGAAGCUCCACCAGGACCAGUUCACCUGCCCCGAUGAGUAUGAGGACCCCGCGGUCCUCUUCGAGGCCAUCCAGGCCUUCGAGAGGAGAGUGGUCAUCUGCCACGAGGGCGACCCGGCCUGGCGGGGCGCCGUGCUGUCCAACAGAGAGGAGCUGCUCACCCUGCGGCACGUGGUGGACGAGGGAGCCGACGAAUACAAGGUCAUCAUGCUCCACAGGAGCUUCCUGAGCUUCAAGGUGAUCAAGGUCAACAAAGAGUGUGUCCGGGGCCUGUGGGCCGGGCAGCAGCAGGAGCUGAUAUUCCUGCGGAACCGCAACCCCGAGCGGGGCAGCGUCCAGAACAACAGGCAGGUCCUGCGCAACCUCAUCACCUCCUCCUGCGACCAGCCCCUGGGCUACCCCAUGUACGUCUCCCCGCUGACCACGUCCUACCUCGGGACCCACCGGCAGCUGCGGGGCAUCUGGUGUGGCCCCGUCACUGUGGACAGCGUCCGGGCUUGGCUUCGGACCAAGUGGCUGAGGAUGCGGAAGGACUGCAAUGCCGGCCAGCACGGUGGUGGCAACAUCGAGGACGUGGACGGGGGGGUGGCCCCACCCACAGGUGCCCCAUGUGGGGACUGCCAGGAGAGCACGGAGCAGCCCAGGAAAGAGGGGACCCCAUACUGGUCACCCCGCGAAGGGACACAGAGCACAGGCAGGAGGAAGGGCAGGAGCCAGUCUGUCCAGGCACAUGGGGCGUUAAGCCAAAGGCCACCCACCUUGAGCUCGUCCGGCCCGAUCUUAGAAAGCCGCCAGGCCUUCUUGCAGACGUCCACGUCGGCCCACGGGCUGGCCCCAAGGCUCUCGGGCAGCCGGCUCUCCCUACACACCUCAGCUGCGUCUCUGCACUCUCAGCCCCCACCUGUCACCACCACUGGCCACCUGAGUGUCCGUGAGCGGGCCGAGGCACUGAUCCGGUCCAGCCUGGGCUCGUCCAGCAGCUCCACCCUCAGCUUUCUCUUCGGCAAGAGAAGCUUCUCCAGCGCCCUUGUCAUCUCGGGGCUCUCGGCCGCCGAGGGGAGCAAUACCAGCGACACCCAGUCCUCCAGCAGCGUCAACCUCGCACUGGGCCCCUCGGCCAGGGCCGCCAGCCAGGCCACCAGGCACUUCUCCGAGCCGUGUGACCCCACUGAUGCCGCAGAGCAGGGGCAGCUUCGCAGCCACCGUGCGGCCUCGGGCCUCGGGGUGGUCUGCAGGAGAGCCAGCCAGGAGGACAUGGGCCUGGACGACACGGCUUCCCAGCAGAGCGCCUCGGAUGAGCAGUAGGGUGAAAAAGGCCACCGGUCAUGA